CGCCGUUCACUGCAUCUGUCAGUGUCGGCUGAUGGGCCAAGUAGUUUGUACAUGGAUUUAUAGUGAUUGUGUGUGAAAGUGGAAUUAAAAUGAAAAUUAAAACAGAUUUUUCGACCCAGAAAAUACCCGCCUGAAUCGCCCAUGGCCCUGGACGAUCCACUGAAAGGACUUAUAAAUAAUCAAUCGAAUAACCACACUUCUAAUGACCUUUCGUUUAAUGAACACUCCUUUAGCAGCUCCCCGUUAGACAGCCCAUCCUUACACAGCCAGUCGGUAUACCCCGCCUGUAUCGCAGGUUCUUCCAAAGACCUCUUAAACUAUACCCAAAACGACGACUCGGAUUGGCCACUAACCUACGAUUUUCCGUUGGCAUCAUUAGUUGAAUUGGAAGAAGAAGAAUUCGCUGAUGAUAUGGCACUCCACGAGUCUCCGAUAUUGCAACCACCUGCAAACUCACCGGCGCCGCAGUCCUUCCACGACUCCUUGAGUGGCAGCACUAUAGCUGCACCAUACGCUGAAAUGGAAGACGACUACGUCGAUGCGGAUGAUUUUCAGGACUCCGUCGAUCAUCACGCCAUCCAGUCCAUGGAUCUGGGCCGUGCCUUGGAGGAUUGUGAAAGAGCUAUAAGACUUUUUUUCAAUAAUCAGCUAGAUAGUGCUCUUGCUAUAAUGACUCCAUGGAAAGAAACUUCCUUGUAUCACGCUCACGGAGCUACCAUAUUGGAAUUUAUACCAGCCGCACUCACAUUAGAACCAACACAAAUACAACGUGCAAGAGAUGCGUUGGAUCACACCUUAACGCUUUGCGCACAGUUACGCAGGAGCUACACGUUAGUCCAAUCUCUCGGCUCUAUCAUCAAGACGCCAAAUUACGGUGGAUACUCGGAAGAAGAGGCUCAUGCAGAGCUGGUGCACGCUGAGGCGGGAUUGCUUAGUGCUUGUCUCCUCAUCAUCGAAAACGAGGAUAUGACUGGCCUUGUUCGAGCCUCGCUGCGAGUCAAGGGCUCCUACGAUGACUAUAGAACAUGUGCCAAGAUUUUGGCCGCGAAAACUUGGAAAGACAAAGCAUCGCGGGCGCAUUUUGAGAGCGGCGUUCGUCUAGGCCUUGCGACUUUCAAUGUCAUGAUAGCUAUGUUGCCACCAAGGCUUAUUACUUUGCUCCAAUUUAUAGGCUUUUCUGCCGAUAAGGAAAAAGGUCUACAAGAACUUUCCAAGGCAGCCAAAUCUCCUGGACUACGCUCAGUGCUGUGCGAGCUUACCCUGCUGGUAUACUACCUUGUUAUUGGACACUUCGCCGCCAUUCCACCAGACUUCAAUGCAGCUGAGAAGAUAAUUUCAAAAUCCCUCAAAACAUACCCUGACAGUGUAUGGUUUCUGAUGUUCAAGGCGCGAACACAAUUAUUACGAGGAAAGACCGUUGAUUCCAUAGAAACAUAUCAGACCACAUGCCGGAUGAGGGAUUUGUGGCCACAAAUGAAACACCUUGCGUACUGGGAGCUUGUCUGGGCGUUUGCAAUGCUGAGAAAGUGGACAAACGCUGCGGAAUACGCCUCGUUUUUGGAACACGAGAGCAAAUGGUCUCGAACUAUUUACAUGUACGCACAGGCAGCGAUGCUCAUUCAAACUGCACCACACUCUCCUAAUGAACGCAAGUGUAUAGAUGGGUUGCUAUCGAAUGCGCCAAGUUAUAAACAACGGCUCCUUGGGCGGUCUUUGCCAAUGGAGAAGUUCGUUCUUCAUCGAUGUGAGCGGUGGGCCAAGCGUGGUUACUUAAUUCUCCCGGGAGUUGAAUGGUUGUAUUUAUGGAAUAUAUUUCCCGCACUAGCUGCCGACAAUGACAAUGCCGACUUAAUGCUGAAGGUUAUAGAGAAGACUUGUAACAACAUAAAAAAGUCGUUAGCUGAAAAAGAAAAAAACAAAAAAGCGAAAAAUGUCAAAUCGCCAGUAAAGGUCGUAACUGAUACUAUUGAAUACGAUGAAGAUGAUCUGGCGCUUGCCGAGUUUUUAAGAGGUAGCCUCCUGAGUGCUAUGGCAGUACCUCGUCAAGGCAUUCAACAUCUCGAAAAUGUAUUACAAUUGAAAGAUAAAAUACAGGAGCAUAAAUUUCUACUUCCCUAUGCGACUGUAGAAAUAGCAUCCUGUCACUACAAACUUGGAGAUUCAGAACGCGCUAUGGCAUUGUUACAAGACGCCAGAAAAAAAUAUUCGAGCUACCUACUCGAAGCUCGCUUGCACUUCCGGAUACAUUCAAAACUGGAGUACAUGCGCGCUGGUGUCGAUGAAGUACCGAAAAAAUCUACCGAAGCGAUUCCCAUCACAGGUGCUGACAUUAUUGCGGCUAGGAAAGCCAAGAAAGAACCGAAGAAGAGCACAAAGGACGAAGCAAGCCCUCAUUCCAAUGGGAAAUCGGAGCAGAACUCAACAUCAAAUUCCAAUAGUUCGACCACAUAUACGACUCGAUGCUCAGACUCUAAAGAUAAUGCAAGCUCGGUUCAGAAAUCGAAUAAAGAUGUCACACACGGCCUAGAAGCAAGCGAGACUAUUAAUCCAGUACCGGGACCAAGCUCAGCUAAAAAUGUAGGGCCACCUCUGCGCUUAAAUAUGAUGAAACACGAUCCAAUAGUAAAUAGACCUCACUCAAGCAUAAGUUCAAUGCCCAGUUCAAGUUCUAGACCGGAUACAAACAUGAUUGCAGGACCAAUGCCAACCACAAGUUUCGCGUCAAGAAACGUUGUCCACGUUCUAGAAACGCCUAUUUGUAAGCCGGUGACAAGUGCAACCCACCCGGAACUUCCUAGCACAAGUGGAGUGGGACGAAGUUAUGUUAAUAGAAAUGUGCCAAAUACAGAUAUGGAUUUAAUUACUCCAGCUGAUCCAAAAUCGAGCACCAUCGAAAACGCCUGUACGAGCAAUGAAGACAGUAAGAAACAAAAAAGCUCCUGAAGAAAAUCUUGGGGUAGACUAGGCUUCCGCCGUGUCUCCCUUAAAGCAGCGAAAUAUUUUCUCUGUCCCGCAUUUUUUCCGGGUCUUAGGAGGCCUGAUUACCAAUUGAAUAUUUAAAUGCAAUUCACGUAUUUCCAGGCAGUUGCCAGGUACUCAUUAUCUUUUGGGUUACCUCCUGUUAAGUUAUUAACUCAUAAAACAUUUAACUGAUAUGGUAAAUGUAUGUUUGCAAAAGUUUUUAAGAAUGCAACACCAUUUUACGAACAACGUGUAUAAUUUUCAUGCGUUUCUAACACUAUUUCCAUAAUCCAAAAUAGUACCUAUGAUUGUUAAUUUUUAGGGCUCCUUUUUUAAGAGCCCUAAAAAUUUGUAAAUUAGUAACAUAGUUUGUUGGAAGUUAUCUCUGACAUCUAACUAUAUUACCGUUAUCAGGACCUGGACCAGACCAAACUUUUGCUGGCAAUAGUAUAUAACUAUAAUUAUUCAAAAUUCAAAAUUCAAAAUUUCUUUAUUCAUGUAGGCCUAUCACAGGCACUUAUG